GCGUGCAGGGUACGCUUUUGCCACAGAUCUUGGGCGGGACCAUGGACCCCGAUACAGAUGCGCUGCUGCAUGUGAAGGGAACUCUGCCUGCUGAGUACGAGCUCGGAGAACUCGAGGUGCACAGAGGGGCUCCACGAAAGUACCGCAUUGGUCUGAAAGCAAGACACAGCAGCCAGGCCGGCCAGCCGUUACUUCAGUGGCACAGCCGGACGUUCACCACGAAGAGUGCACGUCGCAGAGACAGAGCCGCCGAGUCUCAAGCAUGCAGAACCAUCACAGCGCAAACAUGGUUAGACCUUGCAGCAAAGACCAUCCAGCAUGAAGCGAUCCAGCAACCACCCUCCCGGGAAAGAGGGCCCGGCGAGAAGAAGGACCUCAGCAUGAGCAUGGAGCAUGUUCUGGGAGAGCAGCGAGACUUCAAGGAAGUUGACUCUAGUCUGGUGCUGUUGAUGCGGCGGCACGGGGGAGUCUGCGUGAUGCUCCCCAAGUACCACUGCGAGUGCAACCCCAUCGAGCUCGUUUGGGGCUGUGCGAAGGACUGGACGCGCCAGAACUGCACAUAUUCGAUGGAAUGCUUGCGCAAAAACGUGCCGUUGAGCUUUAGACCGGAGAAGGAUAGACAGGCCAUUGCGGUAGUCCAGGCUUUCUGCAAGAAGGCUUACACGCAUGCCCUCGUGUACCUGAAGGCACGUGCACUUGGACCCACGGGCAAGGAGAUCUACAAGAAAUUCAAGUCCCACAGGCGCCCGACGCCGAACACGUGGAGGAAGUAG